UUCCAUCAAAGCCAGCCAGUCGGGGCAAGAGGAGGAUGCUUGGCUUCCUCUCGGAUCGCAUUUGUUUGGGUCUUUGUAUAUUGUAGGAUACUUUUGUCAUUCAGCUUUUUUCCCCUCCGUUUUAUUUAUUUUAUUUCUGCUCUGCAAACUUUCAAGUUUAUUCAAGUUUUACGGCAGACCUGAGCGAUGCGUCUCGCAGUUUGUGCAGUGGCCCUGCUUUGUGUCGCAGGGCUGGAUCUCGAGUGGACACCCUUUGGGGUCGCCGGAGAAAAAGGGGAAACUUUGAACGUCAGCGAUAUGGCAUCACCACAAAAACGUUCGGGAAGACGGGUACCCCGAGGCGCCGAUGACAUUGACCCACCAAAUCUUUUUAGCCAGGAGCGGGGGCCGCACCUGCCAGCUAGUGAAAUUAUUCCCACUGACACGGCACCGAGGGACGCGAGCAGCAGACCCCUGAGUAAUGAUGAGAGAAGUCGUGAUGUGUCGACUAACGGCACAGGGGACAGGAUGCCAUCGGACCUUUAUAACCCGUUAUAUCCUUUCACCGAAAGCUCCUACAGUGCCUACGCUGUCAUGUUCCUCUCGCUUCUGAUUUUCGCUGUGGGCAUAGUGGGCAACCUGUCUGUCAUGUGCAUUGUGUGGCACAACUACUACAUGAAGAGUGCAUGGAAUUCCAUUCUUGCCAGUUUGGCAUUUUGGGACUUUCUCGUGCUUUUCUUUUGUCUUCCCGUAGUCAUCUUCAAUGAGAUCACUAAGAAAAGACUGCUGGGCGACGUGUCCUGUCGGAUGAUCCCAUACCUUGAGGUAUCUUCCUUGGGUGUGACUACAUUCAGUUUGUGUGCCCUUGGGAUUGAUCGAUUUCAUGCUGCCACAAGCACCCAGCCCAAGAGCCGGUCCAUUGAGCAGUGCCAGUCCAUCCUUGCUAAGCUGGCAGUGAUUUGGAUUGGCUCAAUGAUACUCGCUAUACCUGAAGUCCUGCUAUGGCAACUCACUCAAAAUCAAUCAGUCAUGUUAGGCACCAUCAUUGAUUCCUGCACCAUGAAUCCCUCCACAAAUCUUCCAGAGUCCAUCUACUCGCUGGUGAUGACGUAUCAAGAUGCCCGUAUGUGGUGGUACUUUGGCUGCUACUUCUGCUUGCCAGUCCUGUUCACUCUUUCUUGUCAGCUUAUUACAAGAAGAAUAAGGAGUUCUAACAAGAAUCAAGAUGCCAGAGUUUCCCCUAAACAUAUUCAGUGUGAACGGCAGCUUAAUUGUACCGUGACAGGUUUGGCCAUUAUUUAUGGGAUCUGCAUUCUGCCUGAAAACAUCUGCAACAUUGUGCUGGCCUACUUGACCUUGGAUGUUUCUCAACCUACAUUGGAUCUCCUGAGUCUCAUUAACCAGUUUUUUCUGUUUUUCAAGUCCUCUGUGACCCCUGUGCUCCUUUUGUGCCUCUGCAAACCACUGGGUCAGGCCUUCAUGGACUGCUGUUGCUGCUGCUGCGAAGAGUGCAGUCAGGAAUCCCAGGCUAGUGAGGGAGGAGAUGGAAAACUGAAAACCACAGAAAUGUCGUCUUCCAUUUUUUUUGACAAGCCCAAAGACAACCAGUUAAUUCUUGGUAUUGGAACACCCUGUUAAAAAUCAGAAGGAAGUCUCCUGGCCCAUUACUUAUUUUGCAAUGCAUCUGAAGUUCUCAUUUUUCAGUUUCUUGUAAAUAAUCAAACUGGUGAAACCUCUGUCCAUGGCAGACAAGGACAAUUAAGCUCAAAAUAUGGCCAGGACAAAGAAGAGAUUUGAUCCAAAAAUCUUGCAAGCCACUAACGAUCAUUGGCAGUUUCCUAUAUGACCUGGCUUUUUAGACCAGUUUCCCUCACAAAUCUAGAUUAUAAAGUGUUGUCCAAGGGAUUCAGGACAAAGAAAGCAAACUCUUUGUAGAUGCAUUUUAUGAAGGGCUGAAGUGGGAAUAAUGCAAAUCAAAGAAUGGAUUAGCAACUACAGAAUCCUCGGUUAUCCCAACUCUUGUUAUCACACAUCACCUGUGGAUGAAUCACUCAAAUUAAUCUAACUUCUGCAGAACACCACAAUUCCUUGUCUUACUGAAUCCUCAUUUUGUCUUCUUAGUGAGUAUAAACCACAUUUACAUUUUUAUGAUAACAACCAUCAUAGAAAUUAGAACAAUCAACGAUGCUUGCGAUCCCCAGCCAUAUGAGAGCAACCAAAAAUGGAAAAUGUAUUCUGGGACCAGCAGAGUUGAGAUGAACAACACAAGUAAUACACACACUCAUUGAUAAAAAGUUUAUGACCUGGUGGUGGCAGUUGAGCAGCUAAUUUUCCGAAUCCUUUUAAAAUUUAAAAUUGUAAAAAAAUUCAAGUAGGGGCAACUUUAUAGACACACCUCCACAAUAGUUUUAUCACUUUGACAAAGAAGACGUCCUCUACAAUUGUACAUCCAUUUUCUAAACCUGUUUUUUGCAAAGGUGUUACAGGAGACUAACCUGUAGGAAUCAGUUUAGAGUCUCUACUAGUGAUGUACAAAACGAUUCACGUGAAAUUAAGAUUGCGGUGAAACUCAAUGUUUUGUUUCGCAAAUAAAUUUUUGAAACAAGUGGUGUUUCACUGCCAGCAAAAUUUGUGCCAUUGACACACAAAGAGAUGUGUUUUGUUCCUGACUGGAAGCAUGCAUUACAUGCAUUAAACCAGCAUGUGUCUUCCUCUUCUUUAGUUUGUAAAUAUAGGUUUUAAGAAAAUGAAAAAAAUACAUACCAAACACAUUUCCUGUCAUGUAUAAAUAUUUACCAAACAUGUUCUGGUAAUUCAAUCCCCACUUUGGUAAUUAUGAUGACGAUCAUGGCGAUAGCAAUCUUAAAAAUGCAUCAGAGACAGAUAUGAAACUUGAAUCUCCACAGUGCUUUGAGAGGGCAUCUCUUCAACCUCUUCUGGGAAAUUCAGAAACAGGAAGGCUAUGAAACGGCUGAGGGGCGGGGAAAGCAGCGACCCAUGCAGUGAGUUUUACUAUGGAGAAAACACAGUAACGUGCACAAUCGUGCAUUUUAGUGUGUUCUUUGUGUGAAAAUUACGCAAUGUGUACCAUUGUUAAAAAACGCACCAUGCUUCUCCACAGUGAUGUGAACGAAUGGUAUACAUAAAGUCGAUUUUAUUGGUGUGCGACAGAUUUCUGUAUUGGCUCAAGAUGAGAUAGUGAAAAUUUGAAAAUUGAAUCUGAAAACAGGUAGAGGUCAGUACUGAAAGGACUGCCAACUGAUCGUCAAAAAAAACUAAGAACCCUAACCCAAAAAUCAAAGUAUAAAGCUUGAAAAAUAUCUUGUUCAAAAAACCAGUUAAUCAGUCAGAGAUAGCACUGGAAUCAAACAGAGAUUCCUAAUAUCAGAUGCUCAGGAAACCUUUGAGCCAACCUUUAUGCAGGUGCUCCAAAUGAUGUCACAUGCCGCACACUCCUGGGAUGGAUCACCGUGGUAACAACCAAUGUUUAAAAAGCCGGUGCUCAAUAAAAAAGCGAAAUGGCGUUUAGAUAAGACAUUUUGAAACAAAUUAUGAAACGUUGCCCAAAUUUUACAAAGUCAAUGUUAAAUUCAUAUUCCUCUUGGUUCAAAAUCUCACAAUCCAUGUAAAAUAUGUGUACGACAACCUUAGAGAGGCAUUCAAAAAUACAAGAAAAUAACUCAGUAUAAUAGUUACAGGCAUUAUGAAGCUACAGAGAAGAACACAGUGUGGAAACAAAAUGGGGAAGUGGGCAAAAUGUUGGGGUAGCACCCAUGGUAAAA